UAAAAAUCUAGCAGUAACCGCAAAUUAAGUGAGCCUGUACGUGUAGUAAUUACCACACAGGCUGUACUGCACUGUGACAUGCAAUAGACAGAUUACACAUUUGAAACUCAAGUUAUUACUUCAAAAGUGAUUCAUUGGGUUUCCGUGAACGUUUUCUCAAGCUGCUGCUUUGAAACUCAAAAAACCCACAAGAGAAACUGACUUGGUAACUUCACUCAUCGAAAGAGUUUUCAAAGAAGAUUGCUUAGAGCGGGAUUCGAACCUCCGACCAUCGGAACAAGUUCCACUUUGGGUAUAAGUCGGAUGGCGGCAAGUAUGGAGCAAGAUCCAGACGCCUUGCUUGAUAUCGUCUUGAGAAUGGACUCUAACAAUAACAACAGCAGCAGCAAUGGCCAUCUCGCCCCAACCUUCCAAGACUCAGAGACGCCUCACGCGAACCAGAUUCCUGUCUACACAGACCUGAGUACCAGUGUCUUCGAUGAUAUAGACGCUGUUGGUGAUGGACACCAACUGACCGAUUUGAACGGUUUGAUCGACAUCGACAACUUGGCAACUGAUCCUUUCGGCCACGAUGCUUCGAGCCUGCCAAACCACCAAGGGAGCACUGUAAACAACCUUGCUUGGGGACAACCAGACUGUUCUCCAACCCAUGCUCUUCCAAACUCCCAAACUUCCGAAUUUCAAACGGUAUCCCCCGGUGCACUAAUCCAAACUCCAGUGAACUAUCAAAAUCCCGGUAUGAUUGCUACUCAUCACGGGACUUUACCAGGCAUCCAGUUCAUCACCGUGCACAGCCAGAAUCUCCCCCGUCACGCACCCACGAAGGUGACCGCGAGCGGUGCAGUCAACCAUACACCGUCCAAGUCCAAGACUCGACGGCGGGUGACUACUGCGUCGCAACGCAAAGCGGCUAACGUACGGGAGCGCAGACGCAUGUUCAACCUGAACGAGGCCUUUGAUGUUUUGCGCAAGAACGUCCCGACCUUCACCUACGAGAAACGGCUGUCCAGGAUCGAGACACUCCGCCUGGCUAUGCUCUACAUCACCUUCAUGGGGGACGUCCUGAGCGGCAAUCGGGCCGAUGACGGGAACCUGAAGAAACUCUUGGAGUCCGGUAAUUUCGCCGGGCUGACCAACUCUAACCCGGGCCCCGGGCCGGCCGUGUGUCACGGUCAGACAGUGCUGAACAGUGCCGCUUCACGGAUGAACAGUAGAACUAACGUAUCGUCAGGAGGGAUCAAUGGUUCUUAAAACAUUUUAAACUGUGACUCAAAACUUUGCAAUGUGAGGCUUUAAUCCAGACAAAACUACACUGUAUUUAAAAUUUGAUCCGUUUUGUGGCAGAGUUAUCCCACAUAAUUAUUCUUUAUUCUAGUUGAAGUGUGAAAACGACUUCUUCAUUUAUGACUGUCAAUAUUUAUAGUCAAGAAAACUUCCCACGAUUUAAAACAUUCGGGUAUUUGUGAUGGUUUAAUUAUUCAACCCUUUUUUUAUCCAUUAAAAAGCACUAUUUAAUCAAUUCUCUACCCUUUUUAAAUCAACUAUUUGUAUUUAAAUCCUGCAAAACAGAAAUCGAACUGGCAAAAAGUGGGUGAAUUGAUGAAAAUAAAAAAAAAUGACUAAAAACUCGUCUUGCUAAUUGUAAGUGCAUGACUCAAUGUGCAACCAAUAUUGUAUAUCAAC